CCUCCAGGGCGUUCGAACCACAGCUGCCUUCCGAGCCCCCGUUCAAGGGAGCAGGACUCGUCCCUUUUGGUUUCCUCCGCCCUGGGGACCCGGGAGGCCUGCGCCCUCCCCUCCACCCCGGCCCAUGGGGACGCUCGCGGCGAAGCUUCUCCUGCCGACCCUCAGCAGCCUGGCCUUCCUCCCCACCGUCAGCAUCGCUGCCAAGCGGCGGUUCCACAUGGAGGCCAUGGUCUACCUCUUCACCAUGUUCUUUGUAGCGCAGCUGCACCACGCCUGCGACGGGCCCGGCCUGUCGGUGGUCUGCUUCAUGCGCCACGACGUCCUGGAGUACUUCAGCGUCUACGGGACCGCGCUGAGCAUGUGGGUCUCGCUGAUGGCGCUGGCCGACUUUGACGAACCCAAGAGGUCGACCUUCGUGAUGUUUGGCGUCCUGACCAUCGCGGUGCGGAUCCACCAUGACCGCUGGGGCUACGGGGUGUACUCGGGCCCCAUCGGCACGGCUGUCCUCAUCAUCGCCACAAAGUGGCUGCAGCAGAUGAAGGAGAAGAAGGGUCUAUACCCCGACAAGAGUGUCUACACCCAGCAGAUAGGCCCCGGCCUCUGCUUCGGGGCGCUGGCCCUCAUGCUGCGCUUCUUCUUCGAGCUUCUACCACUGUGCCCUGGCCAUGUCCUUUGUCCUCCUGCUACCCAAGGUCAACAAGAAGGCCGGAAGCGCAGGGCCCCCCGCCAAGCUGGACUGCUCUACCCUUUGCUGCGCUUGUAUCUGACAUGGCCGCCCGCCCCCGUCCCCGUCCCCCGCACAAGCCCCUGCCCUCCCCCCAUCUCACACCCAGGAGCGCCCCGGAGAAACGUCUCCUCCGAGCCUGAGAGGUCCCCAGGGAUCUGGGGCCCACCCUGAGUGCUCCUGGAGACCCCAG